CCGUGUCUCUGAAGGAAGAAUAAACAUGCUUGUGCUUUGCUUACUGCCUUGCAGUUGAACUAAGUUGCAUGCAGAUGGCUUGUGUUUUAUUGAGUUCUUCUAUGUCUGCUGCUUACUGCUUAUGCACAAUUCCUGCUAUAAAGCUUCUUUUUUUCUUUCCUUCUCUGCUUGGUUUUGUGUAUGUAACGUAAAUACUUUUGUUGCUUGUCAUUGUCUUCUUUGGCUUGUAGUCUCUUUGUGUCCUCUUCUGCCUGCUGAAAGCACUACAAGUAGAGUUGCCCUCUACAUACGCUUGGCUUACCUUCAAUUUUAAGCUCCUAAAUCCUUAGUCUGUGAAAUGCAUUAAUGCGUUCUGCUAAUACUUGGAAGAUAACUAAUUCACUGCUAUCUCAGCUAAUUCAGUCAUCAAUCUGCACCAUUGUAUAUUUUUGUUCUAUAUUAUUCAAUGAUAUUGUCUAGUGAUGAUGAAUUGUUGACUUGCUGUUGAGUGAAACUCAAAGUAUUAAGCAAAUAAUGAAGCUAGUUUUGAUGAAUACUGGCUAGAAGAGUCCAUAAUAUUUUAAUUUGCACGUUACGCUACUUCCUGUUGACCAAAUGUGAAAAUUUUUAGUCUGUGCAAUGCUCUCUUGCAACUAAGACAUUGUAUGCUAUUUGCCAAAAACUUUUAAAUUGCUUUGAUGCACAGUCUGGCAGUGAACAUAAAGGUCUUCAAGCCUCAGACUUUGUAAAACUCACAGCAUAUCGUCUUGACCUUAUCUAGAUUCUUUUUGGUUAGAGAUUAAUGAAAGGAUAAGGAUAAAUUGGUAUGUCUUUGAGAUUCAUUUGGAUGUGUGGGCUUAAUCAUAUGAUCCGUGAUUGCUAAUCUUUAUUCUUAUUUCAUAUUAACUUAUGGAGGCAAAUGCAAAAAUAUUUUUGUAGUUCAUUUAUUAUUAUAUUGUAGCUAUAUCAGGAAGGCUGCUAGCAGAAUCUGGACUCUGGAGAAAAGACUGUCUUUUGUUCGAACUGCGUGUUGUAUUUCCCACCUUCAAUUAUUCAGUUAGUCUAUGAGAGUACCUAAUAUAGGGAUGGCUUCAGUGAAGUGUUCUAAAUACUUAAAAGGGAAUUGUUAUUUCCCUGCCGCCAAUAUCUGCCAAUUCAGAAAAAGAAAAAUGUCAUUCAGUAGUUGCUUGCUUUAGAAACUUUGAUUGCAAGGAUCACGUAUGCCAAGAGGAAUGUGGAAAUACGGCUUUUUAAAGACAAUUCUGAGGUUUUUAGCAUCUGGUAGUGUUUUCCCUCUGUCAUGCAUCCACACAAGCACACCCCUGGAGAAACUUGGGAAGUGGGAGAAAAAGAACAGGAUUGUUUACCCUCCACAGCUGCCUGGAGAACCUCGCAGACCAGCGGAAAUAUAUCACUGUCGGAGGGAAAUAAAAUACAGCAAGGAUAAGAUGUGGUAUUUGGCAAAACUGAUAAAAGGAAUGUCCAUUGACCAGGCUCUUGCUCAGUUGGAAUUUAAUGAUAAAAAGGGAGCAAAGGUAAUCAAAGAGGUUCUGUUAGAAGCUCAGGAAAUGGCAGUAAGAAAUCACAACGUGGAAUUCAAAUCAAACUUAUAUAUAGCUGAGUCCUUGACAGGCAGAGGCCACUAUGUGAAGCGGAUCCGUUACCAUGGCAAAGGCAUGUUUGGCAUCAUGAAACUUGUCAGAUGCCAUUACUUUGUGAAGUUGGUGGAAGGUCCUCCUCCUCCUCCAGAGCCCCUAAAGACGGGUUUUGACCAAGCAAAGGAAUAUGUGCAGCAGCUGCGAAAUAGGACCAUUGCUAAUACACUGUGACAAACUCUUGUGACAUUAUAGGUGUUUCUCCUUUGACAAUGUGGUUAUGUAAAAGAAUAAAGUCAUGUUUCAGUUAUAUUUUUGGUGCUGCUGGAGCUGGAUGAUGCAAGAAUGAUCAUAAGCUUUUUUUCUUACUUGGUCAGCCAUAAGUAUGGGGGGGAAAGUCUUGGAAAAGUGGCAACAGAUGUUGCUUUUUCAGAGUUACUGAAAGUAUUAAAUAUUAAGUAUUAAUAUUAGUAUUAAUACUAGUGUAUUAAACCGUAUUAAAUACUCUGCCCUGGACUAUCAAAUCUAGAACAUACAGUGCAGUUACAAGGCUUAUUUAAAAACUCUAUUUUCUCUCAAAUUCAUGCAGUUAGGUAUGGUUGGGUCUUGUACUGCAAACGUUCUUGACAGUCGCAUCAAGAUAGACUGAUCAGUAAGAUUUGGAAUCUUAAAGCUAGUUAUAGUAGUGCAGCUAAAUUAGCAACAGUCUUAGUUGAGAUUAGCAAGCAUCAGUUUAUGGUUUGUUUAUCUAGGCCAUAAAGUUUUUUCCUUACUUCCUUUAUUGUGCUGCUUAGACAUUGUGUCUGCAGGUGAGGAAAGAAGAACUUGGUUUAGGUUCAGGUUCUGACAGUCAGUAGAUGGCAUUGUUUAGUUUGUCAGAGAGGAAAGUGGCAGUGAAAACGUACAGUACUUUGAAAUCUCCUUCUUGAUUUUUUGCUAUGGCAUUAACAGUCUGCUGCAUGCAUGGAGUUCAGACUGAUCUCUGUGGAUGCUCGGUAUGGAUAACAGGUAUAAUAAUAGUUCACUCUUUAUCAAGAUAAGCUUUUCUCUAGUUAUUCUGUACUGUUUUGGAACAAACUGCUUUUGUAAUGUUGAGGCAAGUAAAAUGUUCCAUGGAUUUAA